AUGACAUCCGCAGUGGUAUCAGGCUGGCAUUCUAGUGAUCGGAUCAUCAUGAUCAGGAACGCCAAGUUCGGUCGGCGCCUCGUGUCGAUCUGCGCAUUCUUCAUGUAUGGCGGUGCCGUGUUCUACUAUCUUGCUCUGCCUUUUAGUAAAGACAAGAUUACGGAGAGUGAUGGAAACCUGACGUAUCGGCCACUGGUGUAUCCAGUCGCGCGUGUAAUUCUCGACGCGCGACAUAGUCCUAUCAGCGAGAUUCUCUUUUGGAUUCAGUGCCUGUCGGGUUUCAUAGCACACUCCAUCACUGCCGGUGCAUGCAGUUUAGCGGCCGUGUUCGCGAUGCAUGCCUAUGGCCGUUUGGAAAUCUUAAUACAAUGGAUCGAACAUCUAGUGGACGGUCGGGAAGAUUUUUGCGAUAACGUGGAUGAGAGAUUGGCAAUGAUUGUACAGCAGCACGUUCGAAUCUUACAUUUUAUAUCGCUAACGGACAAAGUAUUACGUGAAAUAUCUGUCGUGGAAAUUGUAGGGUGUACGUUAAAUAUGUGUUUUCUUGGAUAUUAUUCUCUUACGGAAUGGGAGACAAAAGAGACUGCAAGUUAUACAACAAGUUAUAUAACAUACAUUGUUCUGCUUAUAUCUCUUACGUUCAAUAUUUUUAUAUUUUGUUAUAUCGGUGAACUUGUUGCCAAAAAGUGCAAGAAAAUCGGUGAAGUAUCAUAUAUGAUCGAUUGGCAUCGUCUAUCAGAAAGAAAGGGUCUUGCCCUCGUAUUGAUAAUCGCUAUGUCCAAUUCAUCGAUUAAACUUACCGCUGGAAAUUUUUUCGAAUUGUCUCUCAGUACUUUUGGUGAUGUGGUUAAGACAUCUGUUGCUUAUUUAAAUAUGCUGCGUACAUUAACCGCAUAA